AUGUUUAAAAAAUCUCAAGACCUUUACGCCUUCCGAAUACACCAACUAGAAAGCAAAACAAAAAGUCGCAAAUGGUUUCAUCACACCGAAGGCUUAACAUUUCAAGUUGGUAAUAAGCUUGCUGCUGAGCAAGAAGCUAAAGCAAAUCUUGAAUCUGCUGCAAAACAACAACGAAUCGUCGACAAGCUUUGGAGAGAGGAAAGAGAUGCUGAGUAUCGUAAAGGAGUCGAAUCACGCAAAGCUGAACGCGAGCGCAAAAGGACUAUACGAGAACGCUUUGCUGCAAGCUUAAUUAUUGAAGACGACGAUUCAAUACUCAUUCCAAUUCUCGAUUCGGAAGAGAUUUGGUGGAUGCAACAACCUCUUGAACGUCAAAUUCUGCGGCCUUGUAAAAAAGGUAUUCUUCGACCAACUCUUUCUCAACUUGAACCUUUUUUCGGUAAUGAUAAUCUAAUGAUUAUAACCGAUACUACCGGAGACCUUUCUUUAAAGCAGGAUAUUAUUUCUUUUCUUAGUAUUAAUAUCGAUAGCGAUGGCUUCAAUUCUGAUAGUAGUGGAGAUUUAAACGAUUCGUUGCGAAAGGUAGGAGACGAAUCAAAUUCUGAUGAAAAUAAUGAUCGAUGGUUAGAUAUCUCAUCGGAUGAUACGAUUUUAGAUGUUUCGGAAGACGAAUUUCUAACAUAUUCGAAAAAAUCCGCAUUCGCUUCCGAUCCGCAAUCGCUUAUGCCGACUAAGACUGAAAGGAUGAAAGGAGGCCCACCUAAGCGAGCCGACGAUUAG